UGUUGUUUAUAUAAUAAGCGUUUUCAUGUUUAUGCGCGUGUUCAUAUUUCACAUAUCCACGUGAGGGAAUACUCGCGAUUUUUAACGCUUCAGGAAGCCUCUGGCACAAAAUGACGUCAAUUUUGGUGAUUUCUUCGUUUGCUGCUAUAUUCCUAUUUGUAGACGCUAGACCCGCGUUAGAUUCUAGUGACAAUAAGUGGUGCAAUACGUUGAAAUGUCCGGACAAUACGGUCAUGUGUCAGAAACGAUACGAAGUGUCUAAAGACGAUCGGUCGGUUUUGGACGUGGAGAUUCGCUGCUUCAAUCAAAACAGUGAAUUAUUAAAAUCGGAGAACAGUACUGAAGAGAACCCAUUCGGACCGGGAGUCUACAUUAGGGGCAUGAAAUUGUCGGCAGUUUUUAACCAGAUACUCACCGAUACCGAUGACUACGAUCCCCAAAAAGAGACGGAAAAUGUGAAUAAGAAAGAACCGAAAAGUGAAGUCGAGGACCUGCUUAGUAAAUAAAUACCAAUUAAGAUUUUAAAACGUAAAUUUUUAUUACACGUAAGUUUUAACAAUAAAUGGGAAAAAAUGAAAAUUACGAUUUU